AAACGUUUGUACGACAAAUUUAGGCAGGUUUAAUUAGUAUGUACUCCGAGGUGUUUUUUUGAAUCAAACUUUGAAUAUUUCCUACUAAAGGAAGCUGUGACUAAUCUUUACUUCGUAAUGUUCAUUGCUGUGUUAGUGUGCUGGUUAAUACGCAUUGGUCGGUUAUUAAUUAUCUAAAUACUUUACUAUGUUGCUUGAUUUUUCUUUUUGAAAUUGAAUAUUUAAUCCAUAAUCGAUGUAAUGCAGCAUAGCUUUGGUGCGCAAGAUUACCAAUAAAUUUAUCGAAAAAAUAGUAAUAAGGCAACGAUCCACUUCGGUUGUCGUUAACGACCAACGUCAUGCGCUGGAUCGAUUCCAAGCAUAUAGUUUCUCUCUUAAACUAAAUACGGAGACGGAGAGUGACUAUAUUUAAUGUAAAUAUAUCAUUUUAAAUGGUCUGAAAAAUAUCUCAAAAAGGCAAGUUGUUUAAUAUUAAAUAUUAACUCUGUUUCAGGAUACGAAUUUCUAUAUAGUGUUUUCAAUUGGUAGUGAUUGGUAUUUGAUACCAUAGUUGAUGCUCUGUGCGGAAAGUUACUGCUAAAUGUAAAGCUAAUGGCUGGCUAAGAAAUCGAACUACUAGUCACCAUGAAAAGUGUAUUCAAACGGUGGAGUGUCGUUAUGGCAGUUCUUGUUGCAGUGACCUUUAUUGUUGACAUCACAAUACAACCUGUCAGUUGGUCUCCUCAGUUUGCGUUAACUGUGUUGUCAUCCGCACAUCGCAACUGGACAAAUGGUUGAGGUGUUUGACUUGUUUCAGAAACCAAUACAUUUGGAUUCGGAUCAACAAGAAUGUCACUGAUUUCGAUGAGGAAACAUUUGCAGGAAACGGCCAGAUCUUUAAUCUACCACAACACACCUAUUCAGAUCAAACAAACAACAGAAACAACAACAACAACAACCACGGUUGCUGAAGAAAAAAAUGACAUGCCAGGUCUUAUAAGCAUGGACCAAGAUCUAGUCCUUCCAGCAGCCGUGCCAGAAAAACCCAACUCUAAAGAACCUAUUCUAGUCUACAGCCAACGUAGAGAUUAUCCUGUGCUUAUUUCACAGACGUCAAAGUGCAAAUCUAACGUUUCUACUAACAAAAACGUUGACGGGUUUGACUACGAAGAACAAAUUUUCCUAUUGGUGGCAAUUAAGUCUGCUUGCAACAACAAAAAUCGUAGAAAUGCAAUACGUAAAACAUGGGGAGACGAACGAUGGGUGAAAAGUGAAUUAGGUGUAAAUAUGCGGAGAGUUUUCUUGCUCGGGGCGUGUCCUAACGAAAAUUCUCAGGACAAGUUGGCAAGUGAGAAUGCAGAACACGAAGACAUUAUUCAAUGGAACUUUCAAGAUUCUUUCCGGAAUCUCACAUUGAAGGAAUGUUUAUACCUGCAGUGGUUUUCCAAAAGCUGUAGGGAGGUCCCGUAUAUUUUUAAGGGAGAUGACGACGUCUUUGUUAACAUUAAAAACAUAGUUAUAUUUCUUAAAGAACUUCCAGAGAAUCGGCGAAAAAACUUAUUUGUCGGUUCCGUUUUAAAUGGAAGUCCAAGAAUUCUAAACCCAGCUUCGAAAUAUUACGUAAGCUAUAACUUGUUUCCCGAAAAGUUUUAUCCGGCUUACGUGUCGGGUGGUGGUUUUGUUAUGAGCGGGGCGAUGGCAAUCCGGUUGUUCCAAGCGUCUUUGCAGAGUCGGAUCAUUCCUAUUGACGACGCUUUCAUGGGAAUUCUGGUGAAAAAGAUCGGCGAGUAUCCUCAGGAUGACAGAGGUUAUAAAAGCUGGGGCAUGCGAAAGAUUGAUCCAUGCAGACUUGCAAGAAUCAAAACUUUACACAGAAUGACGCCAGACCAACUUAUACAAGCUUGGUCAGAAUAUGUGAAACUUGAUUUCACAACAUGCGGAAAAGAAACCGCGGAUGUUUUAGUAACUAGGACAAAACGUUAAAUGAACAGUAAAUAUUUAUAGUAAUAGAAAGUGCAUUUUUAUAUCUUUUAUCUAAUCGCGUAGACGCCGACUUAGGAUUUUACACCACCGAGCUAGUUUUCUUUAAGCUGUUGGGAUUACUGCAAAUUUAGCGUAGCUUAUACAUUUUAUACAUUUGCCUAGUAAUGUUUUAUUCGUUAUAUUUAAAGUUAGUUCCUAGUUUAUAACAGGCUUUUCGCUUGCAAUAUUGUUUUUCAAUUUGAGUGUUAGUUUUAAAACUCUUUAUGAAUUUGUCUGGUUUAAUUAUGGUUUCAUUUAUUCGUGUGUGAGCAUUUGUAAACUUCAAUUGAAAUGUUAUAAACUUUGCGUUUCCGAGGAACGCGGUUUGAAUCCCUUCUAAGAAACACUGACAAAAUACGUCAUUUGCCAACUUAUUUGUGUUUAUAGUAAUUUAAAUCAAGGAUGAAAUAUUUAAAUUUUUUGCAUAAAAGACACCUUAUCUAAACAUGGAGUUUUAUUUGUACUUAUUUUAAUAUAUAUUUUUGCAGGGAAAAUUUUUUCUCAAAAUGUACCGUCUACUUAUUUUCCCAGCAGUUGUUGUUGGUUUAUUUUGUUUUUAGUUUAGUACAGAUUAGGUACUCGUAUUGAUGCUUCAACAUUGCUCUCUUUUUACUUUUCAGUGCAAUAGAUAAACAUUUACACAAUCGUAAAAAAAUUUGCUCAAAACUGUUGUUUGUAUAAAUUAUUAUUUCGUCCAAAAACUGUUUCGUAGCAAGAUAUUGAAUACUGUUAAGGUAAACUUGA